AGCUUUCCGAUGGAUUCGCUGGUGGAGGGGAAAACAUACAGUCUUUCCAUUGAUGAAAAGAAUAUGGGCAAUAAAUCAUAUAUAUAUGUGAAGUUGACGGAUUCAAUGGUGAAAUCAAUAGAAGAACAUACAAAACAAGCUGGUGGUUCUAAUCCCAAAAUUCAGUUCAAUGAAUAUGAUGGAAUGAUAACUUUCCCUUCAGAUAAAGGAACACAGAAGUAUGCUUUCAGCCUUUCAGAUACUGGAGGAAAAGAAAAUGAAGAUUGGAAUAAUCUUCCAAACAGGAGUUUUGAAUGUGUACAGCAAAAUAAGAAUGGUUCUUUAGAAUCAUUAGGUGGCUUGAUGAUGAAAAUGCAGAUUCGUGCUAAAGAAGAUAGUUAUGAAAAUACCAAGUCUAAAGUGGCUGCUGCAGAAAAAGAGCAAAAACAGUAUUGUACAAAAGAGAUUAAACCAUCCAUAUAUCAUCUAGGACAUCAACUUAUAGUAAAUCAACAAAAAAGUUUUGCAACUUUCUUGAACUCCUGCUCUUUACCAACAGCCAAAUCAUUAGCGCCUGUAAGGUCAAAAAAUAAUAUUGGAAAUAUGUUGACAACUGUUUCUUCAGCCAGGCAUGAUUCUAACCCUUUAGUCAGGCCCAUGUCCAUCUCUUCAGCCAGGCGUAAUUCCAACCCAUCAGUUUGGCCUAUGCCUAUCUCUUCAGCCAGGCGUAAUUCAAAUCCUUUUGGCAAGUCUGCAUCCAUCCUUCCAGGCAGUCCUGAAUCUAUCACCUUUCAGCAUCAGAGAAAAGAAAAUUCUAAAUCAAAAGUACCAUCAGGAAUCCAGAGACAACCUUUAAGAGAUCGCAUUAUACAUCUCUUAGCUCUAAGACCAUACAAAAAGCCAGAAAUUUUACUCAAGCUGAGAACAGGUUUAUACUCACGAGAAUCUAAUCAGCAUGGAAAUCCUGAAAAUGCAUUUAAAGGUAUGAAUUUUCUUAACACAAAAGCUUCGCUGAUGCAAGAGACUGAAAAACAUAGCUCUUUCAUAGAGUCACACAACAAGGAUUAUAAAAAUACCAAUUUUAAUCAAGUAUCUCAAGCAACCAAGUUAUUUAGUCCAGAGUACAGAAAGAAAAACAUAGAUCUAAAUUCACCCACAACCCAAUCUUCUGGAUAUGUAAGCAAAGAUUCCAGCCGAAGUUCCAAAGAGCCUUCUUCUGAUGAAUUAAAUUUUGAAGGGAGAAUAUGA